GGCAGUCAUUACCACUCACACUGUACUUCCAGGGAGACACCGGUUAUGAGAAGAGAGACUCAGCGCUGGGGAAGAAGAUAAAUGAAUGGAGUGUUUGAAUUGCCCUUUGCAACUCUGAAGACUGAAGAGUUCCUGAUGAAUUGCAUGUCUGUUUGUGCCUCAUAGCCGCACAGACUGCCUGAAGUUACAUUUCAAGAGCAAAAUCACUGCACCUUAAAAACAAAAGAUUGGGCUGCACUGUGUUCCUACUGUUUCAUCAUCAGCAAUUGAGUAUUUCAUACAGCCUUGCUGACUGUUCCUUGACCACCAGUCUGUUGCCUGUUUCUGCUCUUCAUAUGCAGCCACUCUCUGUCCCCUGCCCCAAUGAACAUCUGCACUAGGCCCAAGCCUUGGAGUGAUUUACUGAAGAGUAACGCCAAUUAUCUGGAAACUACUAUGAGGAAACUGAAGCCCAGAGAGGUGAAGUGAGGUGCCCAAAGCCACACAGCAAGUUGCAGGCACAGCUAGUCCCGUAGCUCAAGGCUCCUGACUCCCAGUCCAGUGCUCUUCCCAUUACUCCACGGGUCCUGACUCUAAGCUUCCUGACAAAUGCUAGAACGGAAGAAACCCAAGACAGCUGAAAACCAGAAGGCAUCUGAGGAGAAUGAGAUUACUCAGCCGGGUGGAUCCAGCGCCAAGCCGGGCCUUCCCUGCCUGAACUUUGAAGCUGUUUUGUCUCCAGACCCAGCCCUCAUCCACUCAACACAUUCACUGACAAACUCUCACGCUCACACCGGGUCAUCUGAUUGUGACAUCAGUUGCAAGGGGAUGACCGAGCGCAUUCACAGCAUCAACCUUCACAACUUCAGCAAUUCCGUGCUCGAGACCCUCAACGAGCAGCGCAACCGUGGCCACUUCUGUGACGUGACGGUUCGCAUCCACGGGAGCAUGCUGCGCGCACAUCGCUGCGUGCUGGCAGCCGGCAGCCCCUUCUUCCAAGACAAGCUGCUGCUGGGCUACAGCGACAUCGAAAUCCCGUCCGUGGUGUCCGUACAGUCAGUGCAAAAGCUCAUUGACUUCAUGUACAGCGGUGUGCUGAGAGUCUCCCAGUCGGAAGCUCUGCAGAUCCUCACAGCCGCCAGCAUCCUGCAGAUCAAAACAGUCAUAGAUGAGUGCACACGCAUCGUGUCACAAAAUGUGGGCGAUGUGUUCCCAGGCAUCCAGGAUUCUGGCCAGGACACACCGAGAGGCACACCAGAGUCAGGCACAUCCGGCCAGAGCAGUGACACAGAAUCAGGCUACCUGCAAAGCCACCCACAGCACAGUGUGGACCGAAUCUACUCUGCACUCUACGCAUGCUCCAUGCAGAAUGGCAGUGGUGAGCGCUCCUUCUACAGCGGUGCAGUGGUCAGCCACCACGAAACUGCUCUGGGCCUGCCCCGUGACCACCACAUGGAAGACCCCAGCUGGAUUACACGCAUCCAUGAGCGCUCCCAGCAAAUGGAGCGCUACCUGUCCACCACCCCUGAGACCACGCACUGCCGCAAGCAGCCCCGGCCUGUGCGCAUCCAGACCCUGGUGGGUAAUAUCCACAUCAAGCAGGAAAUGGAGGAUGACUAUGACUACUAUGGGCAGCAAAGGGUGCAGAUCCUAGAGCGCAAUGAAUCUGAGGAGUGCACAGAAGAUACUGACCAGGCAGAGGGCACAGAGAGCGAGCCCAAAGGUGAAAGCUUCGAUUCUGGAGUCAGCUCCUCUAUUGGCACCGAACCUGACUCAGUGGAGCAACAGUUUGGGGCGGGAGCCACGAGAGAGGGUCAGGUGGAAGCUGCCCAGCCCGAGCAGGCAGCAGAAGCCCCAGCUGAGAGCAGUGCCCAGCCAAACCAGCUAGAAACAGGUGCCUCCUCUCCCGAGAGAAGCACCGAGGUAGAGAUGGACAACACAGUCAUCACUGUCAGUAACAGCUCCGAUAAGGGCGUCCUACAGCAGCCUUCAGUCAACACAUCAAUCGGGCAGCCAUUGCCAAGUACCCAGCUCUAUUUACGCCAGACAGAAACCCUCACCAGCAACCUGAGGAUGCCUCUGACCUUGACCAGCAACACACAGGUCAUUGGCACAGCUGGCAACACCUAUCUGCCAGCCCUCUUCACUACCCAGCCCGCGGGCAGUGGCCCCAAGCCUUUUCUUUUCAGCCUGCCACAGCCCCUGACAGGCCAGCAGACCCAGUUUGUGACAGUGUCCCAGCCAGGCCUGUCCACCUUUACUGCACAGCUGCCAGCGCCACAGCCCCUGGCCUCAUCUGCAAGCCACAGCACAGCCAGUGGGCAAGGUGACAAAAAGCCUUAUGAGUGCACUCUCUGCAACAAGACUUUCACAGCCAAACAGAACUACGUCAAGCACAUGUUCGUACAUACAGGUGAGAAGCCCCACCAGUGCAGCAUCUGUUGGCGCUCCUUCUCCUUGAAGGAUUACCUUAUCAAGCACAUGGUGACACACACAGGAGUGAGAGCAUACCAGUGUAGCAUCUGCAACAAGCGCUUCACCCAGAAGAGUUCCCUCAAUGUGCACAUGCGCCUGCACCGCGGGGAGAAGUCCUAUGAGUGCUACAUCUGCAAAAAGAAGUUCUCCCACAAGACCCUGCUGGAGCGACAUGUGGCCCUGCACAGCGCCAGCAACGGGACCCCUCCAGCAGGCACACCCCCAGGUGCCCGCGCGGGUCCGCCAGGCGUGGUGGCCUGCACAGAGGGGACCACUUACGUCUGCUCCGUCUGCCCAGCAAAGUUUGACCAAAUCGAGCAGUUCAACGACCACAUGAGGAUGCAUGUGUCUGACGGAUAAGUAGUACCUUUCUCUCUUUCUUAUGAACCAAACAAAACAACAACAAAAGAAAUAAACAAACAAACAGACAGACAACAAGCUAUGGCACUAGAAUUUAAGAAAUGUUUUGGUUUCAUUUUUACUUUCUGUUUUUGUUUUUGUUCCGUUUCAUUUUGUACUACAUGAAGAACUGUUUUUUGCCUGCUGGUACAUUACAUUUCCGGGGGCUUGGGUGGAUAAUACUUUUCCCAGUCUCCCUUGGAUGGUGGCCUUAAGGCCUGGUAGUGCUUCAAGAGGUCCACUGGUUGGAUCUCUAGCUACUGGCCUCUAAAUACAACCCUUCUUUACAAAAACAAAAAAAAACAAACAAACAAAAAAAAACAAAAACAAAACAAAAAAAUAAAACAAAAAAAGCAAAAAACCACACACACACACAAAAAACAAAAAAAUCUUUUAAAAAAGUUUUAAAAAAUGUUUAAAAAAGAAAAAUUGUUUUUCCACUCGUGAAGAGCACUACAAAAUUUAUUACGAGAUGUAAAGGCCUGCUGUCUUUAAGUACACCGCUCACAGUGUUUCAGUGGACAUUUCACAAUUCUGGCCACUUGGACUUCACAGUAAGCAGUUUAAACUGUGGAAUAUCACUUCUGGUUGAAAACCCAGAGGAAAGGCCCUGCUGUUUCCACCUACUGCGUUGUCUGAUUUCACUAAAGGGCUCUGGGAUGGGAUGGGGCGGGGAGCCAGGUGUGAGGGAAACUGUGUGGCAGGCUUCUCCCCCAGACCCGCCUGGUCCACACACCCUGGCCCACCUCCUCCGCAUCCCCGCCCCUUUCAGCAGAACCAGGAAGACUUGGAUGAGCAGCAAGCAACAGUGGCCAUCGUAUUUAUUCAGUGUCUUUGCUGAGCCCCGGCCUCAGCACAAUCCAGAGGGACUUUCAUGAAAGGCAGGAAUGCAGAUAAAACAAAGAUUACAGAUUUGCACCUAUGUUUCUAGGUACAAGAGAAGGAUUAUUUCCAACAAUCUUUGCAAAAAAAAAAAGUGUCAGGAUAUAUUCUUGUGGAAGAGAAAAGGAAAGAGAAAUGGAGGGUGGGGGGAACCGUAAAAGUUCUUGAGGCUUUUUUAAUUCAAAAAUUUAUAGAGGGGCAAAAGUGAUGUUUACCAGAUAGAAUGCUGAUUUUUUUAAUAUAUUUACAACAGUAUUUGUGUAAAAAAAAAACAAAAAAGUGAGAUUGUUAAAGUGAUUUUUUUUUCUCGUUUUGUUCUGCAUACACUGCCACCGCCCCCUUCUUUUACUUUGUCUCACACACAUAUAUAUAUUUUUUGGUAAGUCAAGACUGUUAAGGUUAGCGAUACUGCUUCCAGAUAGAAAGAAUAAAAGGCAACUAAAGCUAUAUUUGAAAGAGAGGAAGGAUAUUUUCUUCAUAUUUUUUCUUAGUUUUUAUUAUUUUAAAGUAUUGCCUGGGUUGCUGAGGGCCUCCGAGGCCCGCCCGCCCUGCUGUAAUUUCGACUGCUGCUCUGUUUUGAUGCGUAGAUCUUUGACUUGUAGCAAGCUUAAGGGGCUCCACUGAGUAUCACCGUCCGUCUAGAAUUCUGUCCUUUGUCACGGGAGGGAAGUGCUCUUUUAGAAGCAGGUUUCUUACUUCUCCAUCGUCUCACUGAGCUCUUAGGAUUCUAGAGUUUCCAUUAACCUUGCUUUUUCCUAUGGUGAAACACUAGUGGUCUAGAGAUCUUGACUAGGGGUUCAUUUCCUUUAUGAUCCGCCAGGAGAAGGAAUCCACAUGCCUCUACCCUGCUCCUCACCUCUCCACUGUGUGAGCAUCACUACGAGAAGCCUGUUACAAGCCACAGUGCAUUGAUGCCAAAACUCCUUUCUCCUUUCACAGCCUCUGACUCUCUCCAUCAUGGCUGACAGGGCUGAGUAGGAUGAUCAUUCUUUAGUUGAUUGUUGACCCUUUUAUUUUAUUUUAUUUUAUUUUAUUUUAUUUUUUGGAAAUUAACAGUUUCUCUAUGCUAACAUCCAGCUUUCAGAAGGCCAGGAAUCUCCAGCAUCAUCCCAGAUGCCGCCCUUUCUAGUUGGGGUUUCUCUCUUUGGUCUUGAUCAAGAAAUCAUAAGAUUUUCCAGUUAUAUACAAUGUCCUAAAGGGAUUCCAACUAAAAAAAAUAGGACUUUUUAAACCUAGCUAAUACUUGCUAAGUAAUUUCAUGACUGGCCAUGUUUUAGCAUACUUAAAAGGAAAAAUAACUAUUUCAACAAUAUAAAAACACAAAACUACAUUUUUUUUUAGAAAGAAGAAAGGGUAUUUUCUUUUCUAAAUUGUUCUACAUUUUAAUUCAAUUUUCCUCUGAAUUUUCCUGUUAGCGUUUUAUUUACAAAAAAAGGAAAAAAAUGCAGCAAAUGAGGGGAAAUUUUCCAAGGCAAGCAACUCUAUAAUGACUAAAUUGGUUUUAUUAAUAUAUUUUAGACAACUGGUUGACUUGGAUCUUUCCAUAAGUUCUUUGUGAUGUUUAGUAGUUUGUGCAGCUGGAGUAUUUGUGGCGUUGAAGUUGGUCUUAUGGUGCUUAAUUCAGUGGAUGUUUUGCUAGAAGUUGUAGUGUGGAUUUGGAUGGGUAACUGACUACUGAGUAUCACUUAUCGUGAUGACUGAGAAGAGGACACCCAAGAACUUGUGUGACCUGUUUUAAAAAUUAGCUUCAGAAACGCAGAAGUUCUCCCUACCCUACGUCCUGCUGUUUUUGCUGUUGUUAAUAUUCCAAGUCAGGAGUGACUUAAUGUUUCUUUACCACCAAUAGAGGGAGCAUUAAGUAAUGACGUCAUGGAGUCAUUUGUAUAGUUCAAAAAAUCUGAGUCCUUUAACCCAUCAGGAAAAAAAGAAGGAACGCUGUGAUUAUUUUUUUCUUAAUCUGGAGGGGAAAAGACAUGAAAUCACUCAUCGUAUAAAGCAAGUAAAAGAAAGCCAAGGCCCAGUUUCAGUUAUCUUCACUGUUGAUGGGAGAACAUUCAAAGUAGUGUCUCUAGUCAAACUUCAGUAAAGUAGUCAGAAGUCAGACUGUUCCUGGGAAGACUUAAGUCUUGCGUGCCAUUAGGUUACACUUCGAUCUGCUAUGACGUCUGAAAGAGUCCCAUUUGUCUUAAUGCUGAUUUUUCCAUUGUCAAAAAGCUAAGCAACUGGGUUCAAAAUCUAGUAUUUAUUGUAAAGCGUGUUUAAAAAAAAAGACACCAGGUGAUUUGAAACUCUGAGACACAUCCUUUCCUUAUAAAGGGAAGAUCUCCUUUUAAAACCUGGCUGGAGAUCCCUGUGAAAUUCUUGGUUAGGUCCUACUGCGCAGGCUCACUCCUACUGUACCCCACCCCCAACAUCUCCCAACCUAAAAUACUGCUUUCUAGAAUUGAAAGGACACUCGAUUGGCAUCAGAGCUCCAAACCGGUGAAGCUUCCUUAGUGCUAGUGCGGCACAUCGGGCCUCUCGAGGGCUGGUUUCCAGCUGCCCGAGGUCGUAGGGGAGAAGCCAGUCUGCACCUGCUUCGAGAGUUACCCGUGCUUCAAGGAUUGCCCACUGUUUCACAGCCACAAGAAAGAGACGGUGAGAACCAGGGCCAUUAUUUGCUUUUCAGUCCUACAGUUUUUAUGGUGGGAUGCUAUCAGUUCUUUUAAAACUAGAAAACAAACAAACAGAAAAGGUCCUUUUGGUAUUCAGGACCACUUGCACAUGUGUGCAAGCACACACGUGCACACGCUCACACACAAUGGAAGCAGGUGUUCCAGGCGGAAGGCCUGUUGAGAAGUUUAGGGAACAGGAACUGGUAUGCAAAAGAAUACUAGUUUAAAUUUUUUUUUAACCAAUCUAUGACUUUAACAAGGAAUUUGUUAAAUACAAAAAACAAAAGAGUACCAGCAUUUGUACAAAAAGAGCACCUAACUGUAUAAAAUAUAGCCCCCCAAAGGACAUUAAUUACAACUAAAGGAUAUGAUUCAGCUCUAAAAUAAAAAACAUUGAGACAAACACACACACACACACACACACACACACACACACACACACACACACACACACACACACAGAGUAUUCCUAAAUGAAAGUCUUUAGAGAAGUGUUUUCACCGUUGUAAACUUACUGUCCUCACAGCCAUUCGGCAGGCUCUCUCACCCAAGCUCUUUUUGCCAGGAGUUAGGAUGCUAAGUAAUUCUGGCUCAUGCCCCAGAUGCUACCAUUCCUCUCUCCCCUACCUAGGAGGUCACAGGAGCUGCUGGCUUUAGAAAGACUUGGGCUUGCCUUUUUUCUCUGUAAGAGAAACUUUAUUGUAUGUCAUAAUAUCAUGUAAGGACCAAGAAAGCUCUUUUCAGUCCAUGAACAGGGAGUUCAUGUGUCUGAGACUGGGCAGCAAGAGUCUCCUCUGGGCACGCCUGUUUCGUGUCAGUCUUCCUGUCAGCAUCUGCGUGUGCUUCCUUCUCACACACCAUCCACCAUCAUGUGGCCUGCUUAUGCCCCAAAGCAGUGUUUUCUUUCAGUAUAGAAAUUAAACUGGAAGCGUAUGCCUCAACAAACCCCUCAGGUCCCCAGGAAAAUUCCUUGUUGCAAUCCUCCAGAUACUCCAACACCACUGUCCUGAGGAAUGAUGGCAAGGAGGUAGGCCUGGCAAGGAUGCAUAGCAGAUAUGCCCGUUCUGAGUCUUCCCCUGAUGUUGCAGAGGGGGUUGGCUUGAUUAGUAGGGCUAGCCAUCGGAGGUGUGUGGGUCUACAGAAGAUCACAUCUGGCAGGUUCUGCUCUGACCAGGGCAGCUGCAGCUAAGGGAACAAAAAGGUUGUAGCCCAGGAGCAGACAGGAGAUACCCUGGGGAGGAAAGAGAAGAGAGGGUGGUGCCCUUUCUGCUGUGACCUGACUCUUAAAAGAAACCCUCUAAAAAGAAUUCUUUAAUUUAGUAAUGAGUUGAAGUCUAGGGUAAUGGAAGCUCUGGGGAGGAGAACAAAAGAAUUGCAAAAUGUAUUCAGUACCCAACAAUACCAAACCAGAAAACAUCCAAUCACAAAGCUAGGAAGUUUGGCAAGAGGUACUUAGGGAAACCUCCAGCCUUUUCCAUGGGUAGGGUCGGCAGACUUUCUUUUGAGUGAUUUCUGGCUCAGAGAAACCUCUUUACUCACUAGAAAAGAACUUUAUUUAAAUGGCCAAUUCUGUACCCCCCCUUCCCGGGGGGGGUUUUUUUUUAAAGACAGAAAAGAAAAAUAGGACACUAAAGACAGAACCAUGUGAGUUGGUGACAAACAAAAGAAAGGGGACACUAGAAUUUCAAUGGACUCCCCAUUGGAUAGAUUUAAAAAAAAAAAAAAAGCAAAGCUACCCAGGGGCCUCCCAGCUCUGGACUCCCAGUCUAAUGGGAGGGGACAGUACUUGACCUGGCCCAGCUGCUGGCUUUCUGGGGCUGGUCAUAACUUCCCAACUGGAACCCUGGCAACCUUCUUCAUGUUUUCAUAAAGAAAAAGGACUGUUCUCUUAGGUGCCCUGGAAAUAGGUGGCAUGGGGCAAACUUUAAACAGCAACCUGUGCGCUGGUGCUCAGGAUGCCCCAGAAGCUAGUGAAAAUAUGUCCCUGUUCCCAAGGGCUUUGUGGGCGGAGUUAUCAUUUCCAGUGCGUCUUAAUCCUCCACACCAGGCAGAGGCAGAAGCAGACUGUGUUCCUAUAACUGCACCAGUUACUAACCAGAGCAUCAGCAUUUCUAACCCUGGGUAGCAAGAUGAUCAACCCAAGCAAAGUAGCCCCAGAAGCCUAAGUUUCCCAAGAUGCUUUUCUGCUUGGAUACCGAAUGCACUGCAGAAAAGGAUGCGCAUCACCUGGUGCCUGGAGUGCUGCUGGGUCCAUAGAGCUAGUCUCCACUCUCUGUAAGGGAAGAGGCAAAGGGAGGGCUCGCAGGGCACGGGUUAUUUUUCAGAACUCUAUGUCUCCUCCUCACUGGAGGAAGACUAAAAAAGGCCCAGAACUGGAGCAAGAGUCUUAACAUAUGGCUUACUGACAACUGCCCUUUACCCAGAGUUUCUUUAGGCCAUCUAUGUUCCACAGACUCCUGGCAUAACCACAGCUAAGGAACUUUCACAAGAAACCAUUAGGUUGUAGAUUAUUGCCUUAAGUAAGAAACCUUGAAGAAAAGCAUACAUACAUAAUACAUACAUACAGACAGACAGACAGACAGACAGACACACACACACACACACACACACACAAGGCGGUGAAGAUAGAGACAUUUCUUGGUUUUUAAUGGUUUCAUAAUCACAAAAAUAAGCUCUAUCCAUGACUGAGGACUAUGGGGACAGUGACUUCCUGGGAGCCACCAAACUUGCAGGGGAACCAGCUGCUUGCAGGAAGCAGCCAUAUCCUGUCUGCUCUGUCUCAUUGGUGGUCGAGGCUGAAUGUAAAAUAACCAUGUUGCUGAGGAACAAACCUUGUUAAACAAAGUCACGGGUGCCUGGGGGGCCCACAGAUGUCUCCUUAACAGGGAGCCCCAUCCCAAACACAGCUUUCAGAGUCAAACAGUACAGGCUGCACUCUGUCCCACCUUAGUUUUGGGGUGCAUUGGGUUUGUCUUGUGAGCCUCUGUUUAAAUGCAAAAUCAAAACUUUCAAGUCUUUAAUGAAGAGGCAUAAUCUGCAAAUCAUAGACAAACUCUAGCCCUAGUCAUGAAGUCCUAGCUUCAGCAAUGCCUGAAAACAGUCCAAGGCUCUCCCUGGGUCUCUUUCAGACUGAGGAGUUUCUUGAUUCAGAGUGCUUACAUGAUCCUGAUACUCCUAAGGCAUAGAGAAAAAGAACCCCACAGGAGACAUCUGUUUCUACUGCUGUUGCGACAGUUGUUAUAGCCCAAAGCAUAGCUGUUGUUUGCACACAAAUGCUAAUAACAAAAGUGGCUUAACCCAUCCAGUUUGUCACAGCUGCUGUCCAGAAUGUCUGUGUGUGAGUGCACCUUAUCCCUGUGCACACAUGGUGUGAGGCGCUUGUACCACAAGACUUCAUUCAUAGUCUCCACUGACAGCAGCACAUGCUUGAGAAUUUUUAGCUAGAGUCAAAGGCCUGACACCAUGCAUGUACCUGCUUUCUGCUUUGUUAUCCUGGUUGGGUGCAUCAAUAUCUGUGAUGAGGCUUUAGAGCAUUUAGAAAGAGCCCAACCAGCAGUAGUUUGUGUAUAGCCCCUUGAGGAAAAACUUGAACAAAUGCUACACUUCUGUGGAUUUAGUGGUGAAUGUGUAUGUGUGCGCACGCGCAUGGGUGUGCACAAGACCGUGCAUAUUUGUAUGUUUGUGUCUAUUUAUGUUGUCUGAGUGUGUGUGCAUCCUCAAGUGAAGCACACACACGGCAGAGUUCCUGGUGCCUGUAUACAGUUGCCUCUUCUACCACUGUGUCAGACUCAUGGCUUUCUUCCCAGGAAGCAGUCACCUGCCCACUCUGUUGCUUUUUGUAGCAUUUCAGAGUUGGGAGAAACAAAGGCAGCUUGUUGGCUCCACAGCAAACCCACAGGGACAGGCUGUUUUCCUCCAGAAGAGUGUGGAGUACACACACUCAACCAGAAGCAGACCAGAGGGAGCCAUCUAUGGCACCUCACAAGACUCCCAGAGGAGAGGUACCUAGCCAAGCAGGUGACAUCCAAACAGCCCAGGAUUAAGCUGGAGCUCAAAGGCUAUUCCGGUCCUCUCUAGAACCUUCGAGGUUUUAGAGAAGGAAUAUGGUCUACAGAUCAAAGAUAAAUCUAGUCCCAGGCAUGAAGUCCCAGUUCCCGGCAUGUGCACACACUCACACAGGAACCACGUGGGAGUCCCACUCCCAAACUGAAGCUCCCUGGUGCUGCCUGCACCAUCAUCACUGAACAUCACUACCAUUCACAAGCUGUGUCUCCUGAAACCAGUGUGGCCUUCACCCAAGUCUUUCCAGGAUGGGUUAUUUACCAUGUCUAGCAAACCAACAGAAUAUCAGGGAGCAUCUUGAGGGCAGUCUCUAAGAAUCAGUGGCUCUUGCCUACGUCAGACAUUAAAGUAGAAUGCUAUUCUAGCAUAAUGUAUGCUAGAAUAUUUUAUGACUGGACUUAGCUUUCACAGGUUGAUGGCUUGGUGACCUGGAAACAGUUAGAUUUAGUUUUCUCAUUCCCAUGCCCCUCUUUUACUAGGCAGUUUCUUUCAUCCUUCCUUCCUCCCUUCCUCCCUCCCUCCCUUCCUUCCUUCCUUCCUUCCUUCCUUCCUUCCUUCCUUCCUUCCUUCCUUUUGAUAUCUAGAUUAUUUCUGCUUUACAGAAUUCAGAGGAUUCUCUGUUCCUCAUGUAUUUUAGUGACAUUUUACCUUCCCUCAUGCAGUAAGGCUACUUACCUUUGCAACUAUUUUUUUGUUGUUGUUUAUUACUUUAAAAAUGUAUAUUGUCUUUCUGUAUCCAAAAGAAGUCUGUGACCGUAACCACAGGAAUUUCUUUUUACUGGAAAAAAGUUCAUUUCUUGUUUUUUUGUUUUUAUUGUUUUAAUUCACAGUACUAGUGACUCUGUGGAGGACUAUGGUUACUAUUUAGGUAUACUUACUUAAGUACAAUACACUACAUUGCAGUGUUUCUGAAACCUAGAACAUACACAUUAUAUAUAACAGCUCUAUAUUGAAGUAUAUUACAUUAUAUUCAUUUUAACUUUGAAUCUGCCAUAUGAUCAUCAGUUGAUUGAAAUAUUAUUUCUUCACAUGUAUCACCAUCGCCACCUGCUGCAGUUAAUCUGGUGCAUUUAAUGGUCAUUAUUGCUCUCCUUUGCCUUUUGUAUUAUCAGCUUCAGCGUUGUCUUUACGAGAUUUUAGAACUUUUUUUUAAGCUCAUACAUAGCACACGUAGUAAAGUGAAAACUGUUUAAACUUAAUUUGCUGUGGCUAAUACCAAGAAGUUCAUAUUCCCCAUGAUCUUGUCUCUCUGACCCCGUUAACAUCAGAAAAACAACAGAAGAACAUAUGAUCACAUCUGUGAUCUCCCCGUAUAGGACUGCUGCCGUCUGUAUUUGCUUCAAAAGAAAAUAACCAAGGAAGCUGCUUGUCCAUCACACGAUCUGACCAACUGUCACAAGCUGCAUUUCCAUAGGGCUGCUUUGGUGAGAAGCAAAAACAGGAAAUGCCUUGCUGUCCUAACUGUAUCUUCAAACAUUGGUUUUCAGAUUGAUUCUGCAGGGCCUGCUCUCUCUCUUCCCCGUGCUUGCCGCUGUUUUCAUUAGUCUUCAGCAUUUCCCUGGAGGCAUCCUGGCAAUACUACACUGCUGAUUUUCCCCAGGAGAUUUACUUUAAAGUAAUACCACAUUUCUGGGAACGUUUUAUUGACAGAACUCAAAAACAUAUAUGACAUUCUCAGCCUGCGGAAUCUGUAAGUGGGUGGCUCUUGGUUACCUGGCCCUUAGCAUCUCCCUUGCUUUCUUCUUUAGUCAGGCCACCAUAGGGCAUUCAGAGAUCACAUACCUGUCUUCUAAUGGAAGAACUUCCAGGGGAUUUUUUUAAGGUUCUUCAGCUGCCCCAGUUCUUCCACUGAAAGCCUGGAAAUCAGAAUCAAGGCAGCUGAUCCUGGUCUCACUCUCCACAUUCUAUAUUCAGGACCAAAUAAUGACAGCUUUUCAUAAAACUCAACAGAAAAACCUCACCCACGACGGACCAAUAUUUAGGCUUCUCCACGUGAACAUACCCCUCUCCUUCAGUCUUCCCUUGCCAGUCACUAUCUUCAAGACUCAUUGACUUCUGCUGUGCCUAUCCCAUGUGUCUCUUGCCCCCAACCCAUCCAAACUCUCCUUGGCAUCCUCCUCUUGUAAAGCCUGACAUCCAUUGAGGAACUUUCCAUUCUUAGUCUCCUGUGGUGAUGCUAAACCAGACUCUAGUAAGAAACUACUUAUGUAGCAUCUGUUCUCAAUGAAGACAUGUCAGUCGGGAAGCCUGAGUGUGAACUGCGUGGUAGUGAGACUGUCCCUUCGGUGAUCAGGUACAAGGUAGAUCUCCCAACUCCAAUAUUCUUCAUUUCUUUUUCUUACCAAAUUUCUUAUUUCUUGUUUCUUUUUAAAGAUAACUUUGAGCUACCCAAUCAUCUUUUCACUGCCCCCCCAUCUUACAUUAUGACCCCUAACUGUUGGUGAAUUUCUCCUACCACUCUUGGUGUCUUUCUUUAAAUGAGUUCACAAACUUGAGACUCGUAGGCAGAAUGAAGCAUGUCUUCGUUUCAGCUUCAGAUUUUAAAGGUUGUCAGUCUCUCCUGAGAGUAGGAGGACCUGAGUCAGAGUUUUAAAUGUCACCGGUACUCGCUGAGAUCAUUAAUUCCUCUCACCUUUACAUUAACCAAAGAUAAGUAUUGUCUUUUCUUUUUCUAAUACCACAGUUUUCAGAUUCUUGAUAUGAGUAGACCAUUUCUGAGGGAGGUGAAAAAAGCUCCCAUGUUGAUUAUUUCUGCUUGUGCUAAUAUUUAGAUAAUGCUAUGUUUGCCAGAUACUAAAUUUACAAGAGUCUGAAAGAAAGAGAUACCAUUUCAAAGUAACUCUAGUUUCUAUUCAAGCCAAAAGUCACUUCCACUCAAACACACUAUAAGAAAAGCUUGGGAGAAUUUCUUGAUGUAUAUUACACUUUGAAAAGCCAAAUAUUGGUUGGUCUGAAACUCUGAGGGAUAAUUUAUUAAGGAAUAAAAGGAUCUAUGAAGUUUAUGAAAUACCUAUUUUACAACAAAUAUUGAUAUAAGCAUAAUGUGUUUUUAAAAAGAAUAAGACUAAAUGGGUACUAUAUUAAAUUAUAAGUACAGUACUCAGUUUAUAAAUACAUACUAUGUUAUUUGGCCAUAAUUCUAGGGUUCAUUCCAAUUAUAGCUGUGUGGUCUCCAGACCACUGGUGAAAGACUGAAGUCAUUGUAGAUGUCUCCUUUUGGGGAUACUUGCAAUGUCAUUUCACAGUGACACUUAAGCACAAUGCCCUACUCAGUGUGUUACCGCAUUGCUUCUCUGCUUAUCUGAGGAUGGGGAGUCUGAGACAAUUCAGAGCACACAGACACUCACCUUGACACUCGCUCUACCUUGACACUCAGAAUCCACACUUAAUAUGAAAAAUGUAUUAUUGCUUGACUUGAAGCUUGAUUCAGAUUUUGUCUUAAACCAAUUUAUAGCAUCAGUUCCCACAGAGAGCAGUGAGAUAAAUGUCAACUUCAAAAGCCUUCCUGAGGUAGGCAUCUAGCAGGAAGCCACAGUGUCCCAGGCCAAUGCCCGCAUCACUGAAGACCAACUCAUCCUUCUCACAUCCUCUCACCAAGUUUUACCCUCAAGUCUUUCUUUUCCCAUUGGGAUUCCUGCCAUCUCUUUAGAAAGUAUUCUGUCUCUAAUCGGCAUUGCCUUCUGAAGGCAUAGACCACUCUUCUGAAUCACCAAGCACUGUCAUCUCAAGCACAGUGUGGAAUGGGAGAGAGCUGGCUCAGGAAGAUCUCAGUUGGGCCAGUUGAUCCAGGCUGCCUUCUUGCCGUUCUUCCUUCAAGUUCUCAAAGCGAUCCAACCCGAAGACCCAGAAUUUCUCACCAAAACCUCUUAAGUCACAGAUGAAUGUCUAAAUCCUGUUUAAUAUUCUGGAGGCUCCAGGCUGUGAAUUUUCAUGCUCACGAGCCUCCUGUUUUUGCAAGCUGACACCUGUCAAGAGCACCGACAGUCCGGACAGUAACUAAUGCAGCAAAAAUAAUGGUCAGAAACACUACAGUAUAUAUCUGAGAGAUUAGGAAAUGGUUUUUUUUCUUCUUUUAUCUAUUAAAAAAAUCGUGCAUACCCCUUCCCCAACACAUUUCAGAAAACCUGCAUCUCAUUUUACAGUUAGAUAGUUUUAGUUUUUGUGAAUAUAGAUUAGGAAAUGUUCUGGAAUUGAAGCUGGUAGCAAACAAGUUUAUUUUCUGCACUGGACAUUAGGACAAGUGUGCAUGGGUGCAAUUCCUUCACAGAAAGUGAAACAUGGCGAAGCAAAGGGACAAUACUUUCACACAUCAAAACAGUGUCUGCUAUCUGUGAACCUUGAUUUAAGCAUAAUUAUAACUUCAUAGAAAUCUGAAACUGGAGGAAUGUGUAUUUUAUAGUUUGUUUGUUGAUUUGUUUUCCUUUAUGUCUUUCUUCUCAAGCUAGGGAAGUAUUUUAAUUCUCUGAUUUGAUGCUGUCCCCGCACGUCAGGCGACUCUCCUCUGCUCCUCAAUAGUCUCCUGCCCCUUAGGAAAGCCUUCAGUUCCCCCAUCAAGGUGUCCUUUCUCAUGGAAGUCUUUUCUGCUAUCGCUUAGAACUUUGAAAAGAGAAAUUAUUUCUGCACUUUGGGGAUGGACUGGUUAAAACAGAACAUAGUCCUUGAAGGAAAAGCAAUCUUUACCUAAACUAACAGGUCUGGGGCCAAAGAAUGGAGCUGACCACUGAUGAAAGCCAUUGAUCUACACUCAGAUCAUUGUUGCUCCCUCAAAUCCUAACUAAAGCUGGGGACAAACUUAUUUUCUUUAAUUUGGAUGUUUCUUGUGAGUGUCUAGAAGAGAAUUCCCAGAAAGAAAAAGAAGAAGCAUCAGUAAGAUACUCAGAUGAUCUGAUCUACCUAUUUUCACGGUAGUUGGGACUUCAUUUGUGGUCACUUUAAGCUGUCUAUGGUCCUAAGGUCUUAGACAUGGAAACAUCCACUUCCACUUUAUUCCUAACGCCCAUCCCUGGCACUGAGAUGGUAGGAAGUAGGAAAUCUCCAGGCUGCCAGCAUUCACCUAUCCACGCCCAGCAUCGCAAAAGAGGAAGACACCAGAUUAACACUAGGCAAAGGGUCAUAGUCCCUUGUCAGAGUGUACGAUGUGUGGCUCAGCUUGGCCUACAGAUAGCUUGGCAUCAUUUUAUAACCUGGCUUUUGUGCUAUAAUUUUUACAUUUUUGGCUCAAAUUUGGGAAGUAAGUGCAAUUUCAAUUAAGUGAACAGAAGGGAAGUGGGGUGGGGAGGGACAGCAUAACUUAAUGGACUUAAAUAGAAUUCAAUUCUAAAAUCCUAAAACCCAUCUCCGGGUUACCAAAGAAUGAUCUUACAGGUCCUGUCAGUGUUCUCUGUGUGAUGGUUCUGAGAAUUAAAACAACUAUAGUCCUCUGUGAUUCAUGGCUUCUCUCCAUGCUAUCAAGACUAUCUGAAGAGGUUAUAGAAAUCCUUGGCCGGUCUGCACCUCACCUGCCCUCCAGGACACAUGUGAUGUGUGCAUCCAGAUGACCAAAAACAGACCCUUAGGGCUUCGAUAAGGGUUUACAAUAGUUUGAAGUGCUUUCGCUCACAGCUAGGGAACCUUUACAAACCAAGCUAGCAAUUUAACUCCUUGCUCUUCAUGGGACACAUCUUGGCUUGAAGUCAGCAGUAGAGUCAGGAGAAAGUUCCCAAAGAUGUUUGAGCAAUUCAAUUUCAUCCCUGCUCCCAUUGAUUUAGACUUCAGGUUUCGAGGGGAGCCUACUAAAGUAUACAUUAAGGAUAAUUUGCUUAGGCAUAUCUAAUUGUGGUUGUCCGAGUAGAUGAACGCAGAGUCUCUCAGAAGUCCACACCCAUCACAGCAAACAAGUAAGAAGCUCAUAACAGAGAACAUCUACUAUUGCUUUGUUUUAAAACCCCCCAGAUGCCAAACAUCCUUUCUGUUUCUUUCUGUUCUCCUCAAGCUCUGUGUGUGUGUGUGUGUGUGUGUGUGUGUGUGUGUGUGUGUGUGUGUGUGUGUGUGUUGGGGGGAGGUGAGCAGUCAGGCAGAUUCACAUGUGCAGAGGGAGGGUUCAGAUACCCUGAAGGGGCAGACUCUGGAGGGCUACCACAUUCCAAGUGCUUCUCCAGAAUCACUCAAGUUAUCACCAUCCCAAACUCACUUUGUCAACCUGCAGUAAGAAGUCGCUAAGAAAUUCCACUACAGAUGUUUUCUUUUUUAACUGAAAAAUACAAGAAGAGGAUAAGAUACAGGAUCUGCAUCUUAGUAUAAUAAUUCACUUUGUAUUUAAUGGUUCUACCUUUUUGUAUGGAGUUAUUUGUGCCAAUUUUAAAACCCAUCUUUUAAAAAGAGAGGACUUGGCAAGUUUCUUUGUAUGUGGAUAGGGAUCUGUAUUUCUGUAGCCAAGCAAACCAAACAAACAAUCUAAAAAAAAAAUCAAAGAGGAAUGGCACGAGGGAAAGAGACCCAUCCAGAAAGUGGACCUAUUGAUGUCAUGGAAGGUGGCUGCUGCUUGUAAUCUUUGAAAAAUAACUGAUUCUGCUACUCACCAAGAAGGGCCCAGGACUGUUAAAUGUAGAACUGAGUUUUAGGAAACAGGAAAGCCCACUCUCUUCCCCCUCAUCCCCAUCUCCCUUAGCACCAAUUGGUUGACAAGAGAAGAUCAUUAAGAAGCACUACUGACCUUUGCAUUGAAUAGAUGUGUCCCUCCUCUAAUAGUCUUGAUUUCAACUCAACCAUAGGCCUUCCUUUUCUGUCAACUGGCUUAAUGUUUUACAGAAUAAUACAGAAGUACAAGCUUGCUUGUUUCUCUCCUUUGAGCUGAAACAAGCAAGGCAGCAGAGAGGUGAGUCACCAAAGUGUGAAGCAAGGCCUGCUCUAGUUCCCCUUCCAGAGUUUUUAUGGUUGACCUUUGAGUCUGUAGUCAGUUUUCUUCUCCUCCCCGACCCCUCUCCUUUUUUUUUGUUUUUGUUUGUUUCUUUGUUUAGUUUUGUUUGCACUAAGCGCGACUGCACUGCGUUGCACUACUGAGAUGUAUUAAAUCAUGCCAGGAGAGUGUGUUAGGUAAGAGAAGAAAGACUGAAAGACCAGGCACAUCACAGAGAGGGCGGUUAUUUCUGUUGUGCUCUUAGCAGAGGCAGUGAGAAUCUGGAAUUUUUGCCAACUCUUGAUCAAGUCUAGAAAACUGCUAAGCUGGAAAAAAUUGUUCUCUUACUGUAUGGAAGUGGGUUAGUACAGCAAAUGAAGGAUAUUUAAGAAGAAAAGUAUCCAAUUUUGUUUCCGACUAAGCUUAGAAUAAGCCCCAAAAGUGAGGAAGCUGGCUGAUAUGACAUGAAGUCAUCAUCUUGGCUCACAAGAUGACAGAAACUCCCCACGGCAGCACAUCCCAGGGUGCCUGGGGGUCAUGAGUCUAUGUUCAGAUAACCUUUCACUCUGCGCAUACUUUUCUAUCGUGGUAAGACCUAGAUCUGGGUAACCAAAGAGGAAGGCCAUGCAUGUGGUAAAGCCCUGUAAGGUGGCAGUAAGGGAACAGUGCAAUAAACACUGCCAGUCUGUGAGGUGAAAGGCUUUUUCUGAAACGAAGUAGGCCAACUAGAAAACUAGAGAAGGGGUUGGAGGUCUCUUAGUCCACGAGCUGCUCCACCCUAGACCAUUCUUAAGCAGAGACCUUGAUCGAGUGCCUAAAAGUUAAAAGUUGUCGCUCCCCCUCCCCAACUUUUCUGUGUUCAAUUUACAUUCAUUGUCUUUUUUAAUCUUAGAAGCAACCGGGGUUUGACAGCUCUUUAGUAAUUUCUAACAAGAGGAUCUUGUACCACAGGAAGAGCAAUAGACUGUGUGGUGAAUAAGACAAGUGGAGGACUCUGAGGGACUCCUACAGAGUCCCGGAUGACAGCUGUUGAAAACGCUUGUUCAGUAAGAAUCACAACCCAUGUAAACAGCUAAUGUUGAGUUUCUUUGAACACUGUCUCAUGUGAGGGCAUUAGUUUGGAAAACUUCCACUUGAGGCCUCUUUAACAGGUUAUCAAUCUGAUACUUUCUCCUUCCUCCGUAUGCUGUCUCAGUCUACUUUUCCAUGCCAGAGUUUCUUUUUAUAUAUAUAGAAAAGUGCCAGCCUUGCUAGUUAAGCCCUGUAGAGACCAUUUGGAACUAACCUAUGCUAACUCAAAGCAUUGCCUGUACUUCAUAUAGGAAUUCCGAAUCAGAGCUCAUAGCAGAUACCUAGGAAUGCAUGCUGGGAAAGCACUAACAGGACAUGGAGACACCCAACCAAAGCUCUGAGAGGAAACAGUUGACCUUUAAAACAUCCUCACCUUAACUAUUCUUGGAUACUUUCCUUGAGGUACUGGGAGACACAUUUUUCUUGAAACUUGCAUAUCCACCCCAGUUCUGUCACCAAAGAUUUUUCUUCUCCAGAGCCCAGCCUCCUUUCUCUCCUUUCUAAGGAUAUACUUGCGGUGGUCCACAGAGUACACUUUCAUUCACAAUGGUAUUUACAGAUCUUGAAGUAAAAGGGUUUCUGAUGGUCUGUAUGACUAGGGGGUUAAUAAGAAGGUAAAAGGAAAAAAAAAAUGCACAGUACUACUUGACACUGUAAGCUGUGUGGAGCACAGCUGUAGACUGGAGGCUUGUAGACAGAAACAUGGAGAGAGCAAAAUCACUCAGAACCAAACAAGGAUUGCAGGUGAGAAGACCAUUGGGGCAGUAAGAGUGAAGAGCAAACCAGGGCUCCAUGUGCCCAGGGCCAAUGGCAGUGGCCUAUGAGGAUGUUGAGAAAUCACCAGUGGAUUCACAUAUUGAGUGACUAAAGUGUGGGCUUUGCUGUGAUUUCUGACAUUGUUGAAAUGUUCAUGCCACAGCAAGGGAACUUCUUGGAAGUAGAUCUGUUGUGAUAGUGCCUUUCUUGUUGUAGCAAGUCAUGUAUUCAGUUAGGCUUUUCUGAACCAUUGCCCCCAUCUUCUGAAGAGGUCUGAGGGAUGAAGGGAUAGGAUAUUGCCCCUGAAAUGCUGUAGUUUGAAGGUAUUUGCACUAGGUUCUAACCUCUCCUUUAAACUGGAGCAACUGAAUGAGAGGAGAAAAAUUAACAAGGACAACUCAAAGUUAAAGGAAACCCAAAGUAAUGUGUUCUUAUAACAUUAUCUCCCCUUCACUACUCCACCUCCCUCCCUCAUUCCCUCUCUUCCCCCUCCCCCCUUCCUCCCUUCCUAGAUCUACUUUUCUCCUUCCUCUUUAAAGAAAACUUCACAUUUCUUAUUACCAAAUCCAACAAUUACUUUUCUUUGUUUCUCCCCAGCACUGAACCGUAAGUUCUUGAUCACCCAUCAGCUAGGGACAUCUAGUAGAGAGCCUCUGCCCUGAAAGUUUUGAUUGCCUUCUCUGCCAUGGGUGAGCAAUGGUGAGUGAUAGGGAGUGGAGACAAACUAGACCCACCCAGCUCUUAUGAAAGCCAAUGAGUCUGGAUCUCAAGCCUAUAGGGAGAUGACUGACACCUAUUUACCCAGAACACAUUAUGGUCUACAGCUCAUCCUAAAGGAUGCUUAGAGUCAACAUGAGGCUACUGUGCUACAGCAAACAGAUUCAGGUAGUACCCAACGUUUACCUGUUUCUUCUCUCUCUUCCAUGUCAUCAGCAUGUCCUCUCAGCAAGACUUACCCUUCAUCUCACAAAUGUCACCACAACUAUUUGAUUCCUUGGCUUCUGUCUUCAUCAGUAGGCUGGUUAACUCUUUCAAAAUUAAAACUAAGCAAACACUAUGAGCAGCCCCUGAGGACUGCACAAUUUCCCAAGUGUCUUGAUGAUCCAGUAUCCUGAUAACCAGCUCUGAUAUCGUGGAAGUUUGGCUGGCUCAGACCUCUGUCACCUUUAUUUUCACUUUGUCUCCAUUUCCACUUGAAUCUUGAACGAGAGUGGAAAGGUGGAAUCAUGGGAAAGAUGUUGAAGCUGCAAUUCUAGGGUAUAGCUUGUGAGAAGUUUGUAUUAUCCCAAAUAGAAAUUUCUAUACUUACUUUCAAUUUAAUGUUACCCUGAGUAUAAUUUCUAUUGCAUUUAUUGUUAUUUUUAUAAAAGUAGGGUCCAUUUGCUAUGUCAAGUUGAGUGCUCUUUUUUCUAUUUCCCCACAUGGAUGCAGUUCCCACCUGUUACCUAAAUACCUUUUUAUUAUAUUGUUAAUAUGUAACUCUACUGUAGACCAAAAAUAUAAAACGAAUUUGCUCAUUUUAAACAUGUAAAGAAUCUAGUGAGUAAAGAUGAAGAGAAAAGACAGGAGAGCAGUGGUUAACUAUGUUGUUAGGAAUCGAAGAGUAGCCUUACCUGUUUUUAACCAGUGCUCGCCAGUCACGCCAUAGUUGGGAUUAUGUUAUCAUGGCUUCUUCAUGCUUCUGUUCUACAAGUCUUGUUUGUUUGUUUCCUUUGAUGUAAUUGAGGUUGCACAAUGAUGCUUUUUUUUUUUUUUUGGUAAUGCCUGAUUUUAUUAUAAUGUACUUUAUCAGUCAUUUCCUUUAGAAGAAUGAGGGGGAAAGUUUUAUUUCUUCUUUUAAUUUAAAUUUUGUUGAAUGCACUGGAAACAAAAUUGGACACAUUUCACUGUUUAAAAAUCAGAAGCAAAACAAAACAAAACCCCAAAGAAAAAACCAGCAACCAAGUAAGUAACAGGACACACACAUGCACACACACAAAAAAAAGCUAUGAAAAAUAAUCUGUUCAAGCAAAAUAUACACAUAAGCUAUAUCUCACAUGAGAGGAAAAUACUGUCCAAGUAAGAAAAACACAGUGUAAGCUAUGGUGCCGAAAACUAUAAGAGGAACCUAGGUUUAAAGUGAGCAGAGGAAACAGCCCAUUCCUUUCUGAGGCAAGAUCUUUUCAUUGUUCCAAUAAAAACCUAAGCAAAUUGAAUGCGGAAGAGAUUAAGUAGGGAGUGCCCUAGCCUUCCUUAUACUACCCGACCUCUGGGUCACUUCUUAUCAUGUGUCUCAGCUAUACACACGUACACACACACACACACACACACACACACACGCACGCACGCACGCACGCACGCACGCAGAUGCACACUCAGUACUUGAGAAGGAUUUGUAAAAAUGUAUGUAUCCAGUGCACAAAUGUACACAGUGCUCUGACAGUCCUCAUGCUAAUUCACAUAAUUCUCUGAGGCUUAGCGGUGAUGGCCCACAACAUGGAAGACUGUAAGUGAUUGGUUGAAAUUGUGUGUGCUAACCAAGUGCUUUUGAAGCCUGCCUGUUCUCUUCCCCAGCAUCCCCUAGUACAAGGCCAGCUGACACAUGCAAAUGGACAGAGAAAGGAGACAUAGGUUACUUCUCUUAGCCAGCCGGCUCAUUAUUUGCUUAAUAUUUGCUGGAUUUUUCUGGUUUUGUUCUGUUUUAGAAUGGGGUGGGAGUGGAUGUUAUGUCACAAUCCUAAUACAGUAAAGUUUUGCAUCUUCCAUAUCUUAUGCAAAAGCAGACAUUUAAAUCAAUAAAUAGUUGUGCCCUAGACUGAAAGUUAAUGUUUAGGAGAGGGAAAAAUUGUUGGAAUUUUUUCUACAUUUUUUUGUGAAGAAUCUUUUUUGGAAAGGAAGGAUACAUAUUUUUGUUGUGUAAUAUUUUCUAUUUUUGAAUGCAUUUUAUUGGUACAAGACUGUUUUUUUGGUGAAGACAUUAUUUAAAAAAAGAAAAAAAGAAAAAAACUAAUCGAAAAGUUUGCCCUUAAGGAUAUGCUGCAGUUUUGAGAUUAAAAAAAAUAAUAACUGAUUCAAGAUGCGUGUUAAAAGUUGGGAUUAUAUUGUUGUUUUUGUAAUUGUUACAAGAAGAAGUUUGUACCCACUGCUGUUUAUUUUGUUUCAGAUGAGUAAGUAAAGGGAUUGUUCUUGUUUUAUUCUUUUUUUUAGAGAAAAAAGCUAUUUAUGAAAUGUCAAAAACACUGGACUGUGAGUUUAAGUGUGGAAGCAUUUUACCACCCUGUGUCUUCAACCAAUUAUGGGAAACCUUUUCCCUCCCCCCCUGCCUUAGCCUUGCCAAAUGAGGAAAACAUAACAGCUCUCAGAUGACGGAAGUCACCGAAGCCCUGCUUUAAUUUUUAUGGUCUGAAAAAGUCGGAAAACCAAAGUUAAAUUUGUUUCUGAAAUCCCGCUGUCUAUAGCCCCUUUUUUGUAUAACACAGCCGGUUGGCCCUGCCUCUCUGUCUUGGAUCAUUGCCUUCUUAGGAACGUGGGGCCAGCUCUGCUGAGAGGCGUGAAGGUGGAGAGGUCGCAGGAAGAGAGGUGUGAGGGGGACGGCUGCCAGCCCCAGGGCCGCCGAGCUUCUCCAUCCAGAGGCGAGGCUGCCAAGAGCACACACAGCUAACAGUGCCUGGCGGGGUCGCCCCUGUCCCCUUCACCUUCUGCUUCGAAGACCCUCCAGUUACCGUGGCUCUGCCUUUCUCAGCAGCCCACGUUCCAUGGAUGGGAGGGGGUGGGAUCCAAGUAGAAAACAUGGCUGCGGGUGCUGUGAAGGCCCCGGCCCUCAGGAGGUAAAGCAAGGGACCACUCAGCACAAGGGCUCUUGCCACCCGCCUCCUCUUUGACUCUGUGGAUUGUCCAUCCAUCUGCUCACUGUGAAGAUGGAGAGGCAGUGUGCCCUGAGGCUGUUCAAUAGCUUUUCCAUAUUUUUUCAACAUUGAAAAAAUAAUUUUUAAAAACUGUGAUAUUUUUUAAAAAAUCAUUUGGCUGGAGGGAAGGGAAAAGGGAAACACCAAAAGCUGUAACAUGAUUAACUGGAGAUAUUUAUAACUGGGGCACUUUCCAGACCAAGACAAAUGAAUUGUUUUCUGGACCCUAAAGCAGCCAAAAUUUUAAGACUGUCAGUGACAAAAAACUGAAGAGAGGCCUCCAUUUCCUUCUCCUUUCUUCUCUCUGCCCCAAAUUCUCUCAUUUUCUUUUCUAGCUUCUCUUAGUAACUGUCCAUGGGCUUCAUACUUCAUGCAAAAACCCGUGCAUGUACGCGCGCGCGCGCACAUGCAUGCAGACAGACAGACAGACACACACACACACACACACACACGCACGCAGACACACACACAAAAUCUAUUUUUCUUAAGGAUUGUGGGACUGAAUUAAAAUCAUGUGCCUUCAUUUUUUCCCUUUUAUAGUUAAAUGAACCACUUCCUUUUUACAAUGUGUUGGGUUUUUUGUUUUUAGCAGAAGAAGGUGGUGAAAGUGUUUGUUGGAAGGAUUAAAGGCAUCGAUUGGGAGUUUUGGUUUUUUUUAGCAUAUUCCCCCACUAAAUAUUAAACACGAACAUUUUAACCCCUUCACAUGGCCCUGUGCACACUUAGAGCAUCAAGUCAUCAGAAUCCUGACAGCCUAAUCCACUUGAUUUUAGAGCAGUUUCUGAAAUUUCUAUCUCAUAGACUUUUUUAUUGUUGUUUUAUCACAAUGAGGUGGGUGAGGAAAGUUGCCUCAUUCUCCCAACUUGGUGCUUCUGCUUGUGGGGUGGGGUGGGGAGGUACAGACAAGGGUGCAUUCCUAAAGAUCUCUGGUGCUGAAGGGCCUCGAGGUUGAGUUUCUUUCAGAAAAUGUGUAUGGCACACUCUCACGUACACGAGUGACAUGGUGACACAUGCAGUAUGUUAAUGGGACAAGCAAAGGGGCUCUCUGAAGUGGGGUUUUGCUUUCUCUCAAACAUUUGAUUUCCCUGGUGCCUUAUUCCUACUCUAUGCUGGCAUUCACAUGCCCAUGGGAACAAACGCUGAUGCCAGCCUCAGGAGUGAGGACCUCUAGGUGACAACUGAACAUGUGGGGGCCAUCGGGUAUUGGAGUCAGUCGGAGGGGGAGGAACUAGAUGGCAUCUCUUAGCUGAAAAUACACAGGGACUACACAAGCCCAUCACCAUCACGAUUAGUAAUGCUCAUAUAUGAGUAUGUGUGAAUACACACACACACACACACACACACGCAUGCACGCACGCACACAUUCUCAAACACCAGAUACACUCUUCUUCCUCUGAACUUCGCUUCCUUCUUCCUAUCUUUGCCUUCUCGUAACGGUGCUGCUGCUGCUGCUGCUGGGGUGCCCAGAGUCCAGAACGCCCAGUAAUCACUCAGGCAUGAGCCUGGCACUGCCACGUCAGCCCUGGGCACCACCAAACCCUGGUUUCUCUUGCCUGGGGCUGAAAACUGUCAGAUUUUUCUCAUCAAAAAAAAAAUGUUAUCCAAGGAAUCAGUGGAUUACAGUUACUCUGCAUUAAAAAUGCACUUUAAAAAUAAAUAAAAGCUCCAGACUGUUUAAACACACAGAGGGAAGAGGGGAAAGAUUAACAUGUGCUAGCGUCUGGACCCAGUUCAGCGUAUCUCCAGUUGAAACAGUAUACACUAUAUUAUGUAUAAAUGUAUACACACUUCUAUAUGUGCCCACAUAUAUACAGUGUAUCUAUUAUACUGGUAUAGGUGUUUGUGUGCGCACACACAGGUGCACAUAGCAUAGCCAAUGUCCAUCACAAACCCAGAUGCUCAUUACACAAACAGCAGCAGAGGAAGCAAGGCCGGACUCUUGCAGCAGAUCACAAAAAUAAAAACAGCCACUUGCAGUGACUUCGGUCGUCUCUGUAUGUUCAUAAGGAACGGAUUGAUUGUAACAAAGGAAAAAAGGAACAGUGUUAGCAAUUGAGGAAAACUGGGACAAACCAUCUUGAUCCAAUGGGAAUGCAGUAACGUUCUCUACCAUUUCGUCAGUUCUUUCUGUUAGUCGUGAUGAUUUGAUUUUCAUUUUUGGCUAUUAAAAAUGUUUUAGACUCAAGUGACCACAUCCAAGUGAACAAAACAACCACAGUGAAAGCCCUUUUCAGUAGGAAGAUGUCAGAAAACUCAAAACCCUUGGCCUGGCUCAGAACUACCACGUGCAAACCAGAACUCUCUCAACGUUUGAAAUAAAAACUUUAAAACUCUUUUUGAAGCACCUUAAUGUGGCCAUCCAUUUGACGAGUGGGUGCCACUUUUUUCUUUGAGCACCUUAUUGACGUAUUUUGCUAUCUGCUGUCUUCUGUUACCGUUAGCUGAAUAGCUAGCUGUUAACACACACAUGUGCACAGACCAGACACCUGAGCACGUGUGUUCUCAAUGACGUUUACUGUGGUGACUGCUGGAAGGUGAACUCAUUUUCUGAUUUUCCCACCACAGUGUUGUGAUAAGACUCGAAGAAACCCUGCCCUGCACGGAAAAAUGUUCCUUAUCACGUUGUAUAUUAGGGUGGGAAGGAAUAUGGUCCCCUUUUUGCAAUUGCUACUGUGUAUACACACACGUGCACACACACACACUGUAUAUUCAGACCUAAUGUACACACACAACCAUAACUCAUUUGUCCAAGUGAUAUUUCAGAUGUCUCUGUGGGUGUCACACACCAAAUGCAGUUUUCCACUUCCCAGAGAAUUUUGAAUGGAGGGCAACUUUUCAGACUGAUGAACUAGGCACCGGGAAGAAGAGUUUGAAGUGAGAGGCAAGGAAAGAGAGAGCAUUAGGUCAAAAGAAGAAUUUCCCAGGAGGAACGGGAUGAAUGGCUGUCUUUGCAGGUGGGUGUGGAACACUGCUGUCUCAGUCUGCACUGUAGAAACCCAUGCACACAUCAACACACACACACACACACACACACACACACACACACACACACACACAUCCUCCCACAGGGGCGUGGUCUGGGAUGAGCAGGUCAAUAGUUUUGAGAGGGAGUUUGUUCCUUUUUUUUCUCUCAUUAUACUCUUGUUGUCAGUUAUUAAACAAACAAACAGAAAAAUUGUUUUGAAAAACCUUGCGUACGCCUUUUCUAUCAAGUGCUUUAAAAUAUAGACUAAAUACACACAUCCUGCCAGUUUUUCUUACAGUGACCGUACCCUUACCUGCCAUUUAAUAUUAGCCUCGUAUUUUUCUCACGUAUAUUUACCUGUGACUUGUAUUUGUUAUUUAAACAGGAAAAAAAUUUCAAAAAAAGAAAACUUAACUGUAGCGCUUCAUUAUACUAUUAUAUUAUUAUUGUGACAUUUUGGAAUACUGUGAAGUUUUAUCUCUUGCAUAUACUUUAUACAGAAGUAUUACGCCUUAAAAAUACGAAAAUAAAUUUUACAAGGUUUCUGUUUUGUGUGGAAGAGUAAUUGAUGUUGCUAAGAAUGAUGUUUGUUUUUUGGGGUUUUUGUUGUUUUUUUUUUAAAUGUUACCAGCACUUUUUUUGUAAGUUUCACUUUCUGAGGUAUUGUACAAGUUCACACUGUUUGUGAAGUUUGAAUAUGAAGGAAUAAUUAAAAAAAAACAAAAAAACAAAAA